GUGUGCAGCAGCAGCAGGAGGAAGAUCUGCAUCCUCCUCCUCCUCCUCCUCCUCCUCCUCGUACAUCCAUACAGAGACCGGCUCUCCUCCGCUCCUCCAGCCGCCGAGGGCCCACUGCGAACGGGAAGGAGGACAAACCAACACCCCCCCCCCCUGGAAGAAAUGGCCUUUUAACACCGGGGAGAAUAAAACCAGAAGAGACAUGAAUCCUUCUUCCUCCUCCUCCUCCUCCUCCUGCUCCUCCAUCCUCCGCCUCCUGCUCCUCCUCGCCUCCCUGAGCCGCUCCUCCUCUGAGCGGAGAAUCGGUUGCCUGUUUGAGAGCGAGCUGUGUUCACCGUAUGAGAUCUGUGUGAACGAUGGCGUGUUCGGGAGGUGUCACUCGGUUCCGGUGAGGGAGGUUUACACCUACGACGUCUCCACGUCCGUGGUGCAGCGCUUCAGGAAGCUGCUGGAGAAGCUUUCCAACAGAGGUCUGACCUGGCAGGACGACACCACCCAGCAGGUUCUGUCCAAGGAGCUGUCCAAGCUGAGGAGGAUCCCCUACAGGCCGCAGCAGAGCGCACCUGUCUACAAAAGCAACAUCAGGCCGGUAGCUGAGGCGAUGGACCCGGUGGACCAGAGGGUGAAGCCAGUGGAGGUGGAGCUCAGCAGAAACCUGCAGUCCUACCUUCAGCGUCUCGGCCUCCUCCCCAAGACGCUGUCCUCUGCCAGCCUGAGCGGCCCCGGCAAGAUUGACCGUUUCCAGUCGGGCAUCCCUGCAGACGCUCAUCGCCCCAAGGCCCAGACCUCGGCUCAGAACUCCUCUCCCUCCAGCUUCUACUCACUUUCAUCUCGCCAACCCCUGGAGAAGCAGAGGCCUCUCGUGGACCAGCGCCUAGCCACGCAAUCGGAGGGCGAGCUUCUCCUGGGCGCCCUGAGGCGGUAUCUCUCUGGACGCCUGUCACUGCACGGUGGUGGGGGGGGCCCAGAGGAGCCCGGGGCCCCCUCGUCUCGCCCGAGGCCCUCCUUCACCGGCGGAGUAGAAAACCCUGGGCUCAGGAAGGAGACAUCGAAUCCAAGGCUCCUGAAGACGGGGAGGACUCAAGGGGCUUCGGUCAAGGAGCCGCUCUCGUCUGUGGACGAGAGGUUCAUUGAGAAAGUUUUGAAGAACGUUGGAAGGCAGCAUGUGGACGUGGACAACCUGUCGCUGCAUGACCUGGACCAGCUGUCCAGCCUGAUCGCUGACGCUCUGCAGGUGGUCGACAAGGACCAAGGACCAAACAGGGGCCUGACGCAGGCUAGAACCAGACCAAGAGACCUGGAGGGAGAGCUGAGGAAUGAUGAGGAAGAAGAAAAAGAGGAGGAGGCGGCUGCCAGAGAUGAGGAAGAGGAGAAGCUGUUGGCAAAUGCUCCAACGCUGAAACCUCAGGGGAGCACUCCUAUAGUGCCGGCAGAGCUUCAAGUGCGCCACACGGAGGCCGAAGAGCAAAAUGUGAAGGACACGGCAGAGGACGGAAGCCUGCUCACCAAACUUCUCGCCUACUUGGACAAAACUUCCCUCAACGCCUCCCCGUCAGCAAAUAACUGGCAUGAUGUAGCCAUCGAGACACCCAGAGGCCAUCCGGUGGGGCUGGAAAACGUCCAGAGUCGGACCAGCCAGGUUGGGGUAGCGGUGCAGAAGAAGGACGCUGCUCAGUCUGUUGAGGAGGUGUCGGAGGUGCAGGGCUGGAUCAAGGAGGUGGCGCCCCCGCCUGCCGCGCUCGUGUACGAGGAGCCGCACAAGAAGACGAUGCAUGUUCCGGAACUUCAGCUGGACGUCAAAGACGGCAGGAAGAAGGCUGAGGAUGACGUCUUCGGUUACGUUAUCACCGACACUGAUGGGCUCCAGACGGACGAAGGCCUCCACCUGAUGGAGAUCCUGGCUCGCAGGGCCAGGAUCCAGAUGACCGACUUUGCCGAGCUCUCGGUGGUGGGCCCCGCUGUGACCUUCAGAGUGAGCCCGAACGCUCAGAACGUCAGCACCACAGAUGUGGCCAACGUGGCUGCUGAGAAUUCAGCCACAUCUUAG